AAGAAAUUUAGCUUGCAAAGAGAAAGCAAAACACCGGCAACUUGACAUGGAUUACAAAAGCAUCCCUAAAAUUGAGCUUCAUGCGCAUCUCAAUGGUAGCCUCAGCAACAAAAACAUUCUAGAAUUGCAUCAAUUAAAGUAUCAAGGAAGCGAUCAAGGGAUCAAUGCAGACGCUUACAAGGUUCAGAAAGAGUUGCCAGACCUGACACAAUGUUUCGCCAAAUUCAAAUAUGCCCAUGAGUUAACGGACGUUCCGGAGAGAUUAGGCAGAGCCUGUGAGAAUGUCAUUAGGGACUUCCAGGAAGACAAUGUGGUGUACCUAGAGCUGAGAACGACUCCUCGAGCGACUGAACACAUGUCCCGGGAGACUUACCUGGCCACUGUCUGCGAAGCCAUCCGGAAAUGCGAGAAAACUUGUCCGGGAAUUCUUGUAAAGUUGAUUCCGUCAAUUGAUCGCUCCAAAGGCGUCCAAGUGGCUGAAGAGAAUGUAGAACUGACCAGAAAGAUCAGAGAAAAGUACCCAGAUUUGAUUGUUGGGAUUGACUUGAGUGGAAAUCCUGAGAAUACUGACUUCAGGGACUUCCGGAAGGCUCUCCAGGCAGCUAGAGAUUGUGGCCUGAAGCUGGCUUUGCAUUGCGCAGAGACAGCAGGAAGUGUCAGUGAAAAUCUGGAGAUGCUGGAAUUCGGGAUGGACAGGAUGGGUCAUGGAACAUUCAUGGAUGAGUCUUUGGAGACUUGGAAGAUGCUCCUGGAAAAGAGAAUCCCCGUUGAAUGCUGCGUCAGGAGCAACCUGAAAUGCGGAUCAGUGUCUUCAGCUGAGAAUCAUCAUAUCCGGAAGCUACUGGAAGCUCAACAUCCCGUGGCAAUUUGUACGGACGAUUCUGGCGUUUUCGACACGAGUCUCAGCAGCGAAAUUGAGCUAUGCGCCAAGACCUUCAAAUUGUCUCGUGAUGCCAUCGAGGAAAUCACGCUCAGCACCAUCGACCAAUCUUUCGCAAGUCCCAGUGAGAAAUCUCGCCUCAAGACACUUGUCCACGAUUUCUACAGAAAGUAAACAUUUCGCAUAUAAAUUACACAUUUAUUGGUAUUUUUCUUUCUUUUUUACUUGAUGCCAAGAAAUAAAGAUACAACAUCCAAGAA